CAACACACGCGACCUCACACGAUCUCGAGAAAUCAUGACGGUUGACCUCAAAGUUCUCGAUGGCAAGUAUCCUGCCAAGGCGCACGCGAAGAGAGUGAAGGAAUGGAUCGUUGCCAACGGUGGUGACGGAAGCGGGGUGCUUUAUCUGGAAGGGCAGAAGCAAAAGUACAACGAGGAUAGUGAUCAAGAGGCUCCAUUCAGACAGCGUCGCUAUUUCUACUACCUGUCGGGAUGCCAGCUGCCCGACACCUAUUUGACAUACGACAUGUCCAAGGAGAAGCUUACGUUGUUCAUCCCGCCGAUCGACCCCGACGACGUCAUCUGGUCAGGCCUUCCUCUAACUCCGGACGAGGCCAUCAAGAUGUACGACGUCGAUGCCGUGCUUACCAGCGACGAGGUCAACCCACAUCUUGCGGACGCAAAAUCGCUGUCUCAGUCCACCAUCUAUGCCAUCGGAGAGCAGGUCUCGGAUCACAUCACCUUCCUCAGCUUCGGCCAGACGGACGUCCAGCUGCUGCGCAAAGCGAUCGAGACCUGCCGCGUGGUCAAGGACGAGUACGAGGUCGCCCUCAUCAGGCACGCCAACGAAGUCUCGACGGCGGCCCACGUCGCUGUCAUGAAGGCGUCCAAGACUGCAAAGAACGAGCGCGAGCUGGACGGCCUUUUCCUGAAGGUGUGCAUCGAGCGGGGCUGCCGCGAACAGGCGUAUUCCGGCAUCUUCGCAUCCGGAACCAACGCGGCGACGUUGCACUACGUAAAGAACGACGACAACCUGGACGGGAAGCAGCUGGUGCUUGUCGAUGCCGGCGCCGAGCAUCACUGCUACGCCGCGGACAUCACGCGCGUCUUCCCGAUCGGCGGUAAGUUCACACCCGAAGCCAAGGCCAUCUACUCUCUCGUCUUGCAGAUGCAGCUUGAGUGCAUGGCUAUGAUCAAGGAAGGCGUCGUCUGGGACGACGUCCACGCUCAGGCGCACCGCAUCGCCAUUGCCGGCUUGCUGAAGCUAGGCAUCCUGAAGGGCGACGCAAAGGAGAUAUUUGACAACAGGGUCAGCGUGCCAUUCUUCCCGCACGGCUUGGGCCAUUAUCUCGGCAUGGACACACACGACUGCGGCGGCAAUCCGAACUACAAGGACGAGGACCCGAUGUUCCGAUAUCUGAGAGUCAGAGGCAAGCUCCCCGCGGGCAGCGUCAUCACCGUGGAGCCGGGCAUCUACUUCUGCCCUUUCAUGAUCGAGCCGGCGUUGAAGGAUCCAAAGCUAAACAAAUACAUCGACGCCGACGUGCUGAAGAAGUAUUGGGCCGUAGGAGGCGUCCGCAUCGAAGGUAAGAGCAAUAUUUAAAAAAAAAAAGAAAAAAAAACGAUGCUAUUGGUUCGCUCGAGGAUACAAGAUUAAGCUGAUGACAACGGUUAUGCAGACGAUGUGCUUGUCACGAAGGAUGGCCUGGAAAACCUCACGGACACGCCCAAGUCAAUCGCUGACAUAGAAGCAUUACUGGCAUGAAUCACACAAAUCACGACCGACCCCGCGAGACACGACGAUAAAGUAGAGUAAUUAAAAAGACGCAGGAAUUUGCUAAAAGAGAAUGAUAAUUGAUUGUCGUAGCAUUGCAUUACCUGAAAAAUCGAAUGUACGCUGUUUGCCUCCUGUGAUUGAAGUACGCGAUAUGUGCGACGGAUGGCAAAAAAGUUGGGGGUCGCGAGCAGGAGAGGAGCAGUCGAGAGGUCGGGCUGAUAGGCGGCGGCUGACAAUGGCCAAAGAUUAACGACAAGUGGGAGAUUUGGACAAAGGUGGGUUGGGGCGGGGGUGGGCGGCGAAUUCUCAGCCUAGUCCAGUCGAAAUGAACGUCCAAUGACACGUGCUACAGGCAUUACGUUUAAUCUGAAUAAAAGUAUUGAUCUGUUGCACAAACGCGUGGGGCGCGAAACGUCAUUUUUAUUCAACAAACGGGUUAACGAGGAGCGGUUCGGCAGCAGAGGCGGCGCAGAAAAGCAGUAAAAGGUCGACGAAAAACAGAGCCUCGCGCAAAGACGGCCAAUCAGUUUCGGUUGCGCGAGCUUUUAUCACACUUGGACACACACAAACGCACACAUGGCCUGGACAAAACUCGAGCGCGUUUAAAAGAUAAAAAAAAAAGAAGAAGAAGAAGAAAAAAGGCGCACCCUCCUAACCCCAGAGGGGCUAAAUGUCUCGUAAGCUGGUGAAGGGAAAAAAAGAAACGAAAGAAAAUGAGGAAAAUUGGGAAAGAGAAGAAGGGGGAACCAGGAUGUCCCAGCGUGCUGGUACGUCGCCUCGCUAUCGCCUGCGCAAAGCCGGAUGCUCGGCAGGAGGAGUGGCCAGUGGUGCUUUAUCGAAGUCACCAUAGAGCGCGACUGGGGAAGGGAUCUGCCACGAUGAACGGCUCGCUGAUGCCUCGAACCCGCGGCAGACACCGUCAUCUUUGCGUCGCCAAAGCGGAUGCAGCCCUAACAGAGAUUUACCACAGCGGCGGUAGGUCGACUGCAAGGGGGGCGGGGAUGAUUGCCCAGCCAUUUUGGAGUAUCUCCGUACUCCUCACGCUCUUUCUUUCUUUGGACGGGAUUCUCCAUCCGAUCUGCUACGGGGGUGCUGUAUUCGUUCGCCGCUUCAUCGUUUCGAUAAGCCGCACCGAGUCUAGGCUACACAAGCAGUGUCGAGAAUAUCCAAAAUAAUGGCGCCGCUUUCAUUACGGCGCCACGAAGGACGAAAGGAAGGAUGGCAAAGCCCGCACGAAGCCGACGGAUGUGCAGGGUGACGUUCGUCUGGGAGGUGUUUGCCAUCAAGAAAACCCACCGAACGUUGUACCUGGGAGAUUCAGACCUGAGCCGUCCAGGCCCGGUCAUCCUUCGCCUUGCGACUGACGGGACUUUGCUACCGAGUAGGAAGGUACAAGCUCCCAAUCGCCCGGGGCCGCACAGCUACAAAGUCGAUGCGAGUUUACGUUGUCCCUCGCUGGGGACGAUUGUGGCCGUGCGAACAAUCCAUUACCACUUUCUUCCAGCGCGACGACGCCGCUUCGUGAAUCUUUUUCCCGGCGCACAAGGCACGCCCACAACUACGCUUGGGCGGCCAAUCCUUUGUCCCGUGGUCAGGACGACGGGAACAACGGGAGAGUCUGGUACAAGUAGGGUCGAGCAGAAAAGCCACCUGCCUCCUCGGGCGGCAGCGCUGGGCCCGAGGAAGGGGUUUCAAUCGUGAUCAUCAUCAAAAUGCGCCCUGAACGUUGAAACGUAUCGAUUGCGUCGCCGGGCACGGGCGCCCUGGAAGAGGCUGGGCUUUUCGUUCUGACAUUGAUUGCAGAUAGGAAAACGCGGAGUUUCAUGCGGGCUUUUUGUUAGGUUGCGCACGGCCUCUCUCUCUGGCUCGCUGGCUCUUUGGCUCUCUUUUCUCGCGAACGCGCGCCGUGUCUCUCUCUCUCUCUCUCUGUCUUUGUCUCUACGUCGUCCUCGCGCCACGGUCAUCUGAAUGGUCAGCCAGCAGAUGCCUAGUUCAUCGAUACAUGGGAAGCGUGCUCCAAUAUAACCGCCGCGUUACCCCAAGCCCGUUUUUUUUUUC